UGGGACCAUCUACAUUCCCCAGGGUAUAAAUAGAGGAGAACUGCGUAGAUCGGCUGCCAGAACUGGAAGUUAUUCGAAAUAGAAGCAACAUGAGAGCCCGAUCCUCCCUUUUGACGAUCCUAACCUGGCUAAUUAUCGGCUGUCUGGAUUGCAGUAGUGCUCUGUUCUUCAAGUCCUGGAAGUCGGGAAUAGGACACGGUGGAGCACGAAACUAUGGGAGUUCUGGCUAUGGAAACUAUGGAUAUGGCAACUAUGCUGGAGGAUAUGGCAACUAUGCUGGAGGAUAUGGCUAUAACUAUCCAUCUUACCCAGCACAUUCCUCCUACUCCUACCCAUCAUAUUCAGCUUAUCCAAGCGGAGGACGAAGGCCUUCUGGAAACAGACAAGGACGCACCUACUCGGACAUAGCGAGAGUCAUCAACCCCGCUCCCUACGUCGGUCCUGGAGGCAGUCGAUUCCUGCCUCGCACUCCCUUCUCCCCCCUUUGGGGUUGA